GCAUACCUGUCCAGAGACGAGGCCCAGGCCAUGAUCGCCCGCAUCCUGGCUGAGAAGGACACCCUGAGGUCCCAGCUGGUGGAGCUGCAGGAAAAGGUCUUCAGCCUCCAGGCGACGCGCAGCUCCAAACAACAACGGCAGAGCUCGGAUGAGGCGGAGGUCGCCUGGGAGAGCCCGAGAUCCAGCUGUGAAGAAUUCCAAGGUCCAGCUAGACGCAGACUCUGCCGCAGUAAUGCAGUUAAUCCCUUGUCACUGAGUCCCAGCAGUUCAGAGUGUGAAGAUGUCGCAGCAAGUAGCGUCCGAUCCCGAAACGCUGAGCCGCCAAGCCCAGAGUCCAUCCGGCGGAGGAAGGAAGCUUUAUACGCAGACAGCAGCUUGGAGGCAGCAGAGGCUGAUUAUCUACUGGAUGACUUUGUGUUCCUGCCCAGUGUGGGCAGUGAAGACAAACAGACACCCAGGCUUUCCUCUUCUUGUGGCUCCAGCUCGUACGGCCUGCCAAGAACCUUAGCCCCUCCCUUCCUGGUGCGUUCUCGUCCAAAAGCGAUUCGAGUCAACGGCCGAGUUCUGAGCAUCUCCUUCCAGGGCGGAGAACUGCUCAGCCAGCUGGCAGUGGUGGGGGGCAAUAAGACCGGAGUGUUUGUGCACCAGGUGACUGAGGGGAGCGGCGCCCAUACUGUGGGCAUCAGCCCAGGGGCUCAGAUAGUGGAGGUGAAAUACGAGCAGAACCACAAAGCUCUGAAGAUGGUGCUGGAGGACUCCACGUUAGAGGAAGCCAUGUGGGCUCUCGGCCAGGUCACAGGUAUCUGCCACCUGUCCCUCCGGCCCAGACAAGACGACUAUGAAGCUCUGCUGCAGCAGCUGCAGAGAAACGAAACAUCUUCUGGAGAUUCCUUCUACGUUCGCGUCAACAUGUCUCUCCCCGCUGGUCCUGGAGGAACCCUGGCCGUGUCCUGCAACGACAUCCUGCACGUGACGAACACUCGACCUGCAGGCACAGAGGACACGUGGUACGCCAGCCAGGUCCACCCCUGUCAGCUGCUGGACCUCCAGAGUGGAACUGUUCCCAAUUAUUACAGAGCACAGCGACUCCUGAUUCGAGCCAUUGAAGACAUGAGCUUCCAAACAAAGAAGUGUCAAAAGGUGUUUCGUGCGGUGACUCAGAAUAAACAGAAGGCCGUGAGGAUUGUCAGCACCGGGCGUCUGGGCAGGAACCCACUGUGGGUCAGCGUGGAGGGCGAGAAGAACAAGAGUUUAGAUUCAGGCGCUGCGUCUGCACCCAAAGGUUGUGUUACCCUGAUGCCCUACACCCUGGUCACCCCCCACUAUCCACCCGUCUGCAGACCCGUCCUGCUGCUGCCCACCGUCCUCGGACGCAUCCUGGACAAGAAGCUGGCAGGCUGGCAGGGCUUCCAGCUGUGUGAGCCGGAGGUGCUGAGCUCCAGCGAACACGCCGCCCGGCUGCAGAGGUCCGAGAUCCUGGAGGAGUGUGAGCAGGAAGGACACUGCUGCUACACCCUGCAGGGCGUCGAGAAAGUCAUGAAGAAGGGCAUCCACUGUGUGCUGCCGCUAGGCCUCGACUGUGUGCGUCGGCUGCACCGCUCUCAGAUCUUCCCCAUCAUCAUCUACAUCGGCCAGACUGCACGUAGCGCACGUAAACUGAGGUCGAAGCUGCAGCGCCACGGUCAGUCGGAGGACCAGCUGCUGACGUGUUCGAGGAGCGAGGAGCCGCUGCUGGACAAGCUGCCAUGUUUGUACCACAACGUGGCUCCGGACUCGUGGUGCGAUCAGACGUCGCUGCUGACCAGCCUGCGCACCGUCAUCUGGGAGGAGCAGAAGGAGAUCGUGUGGGUGGAGCCCGACCUGUGGUGAAGCUGAGCACAGAGCAGAGCACAGUCCAACAACAAAUAACAGGAAUCAUGAUUCCUAUGAGGGCUUUUUUUUUGUAUAUGAGGGUGUAUUAAUAGGAUAUAUAAGCUUUACAAGAAGUCUAUUUGUAAACAUGAGUAUGUAUCUAUGAUACUUUAUAGUGUGUAUGCAGACAUAUGGUUAUUUACUGUACCUAGAAACAUUUUCUACAUCUUGUGUUGCCUCCCUGUUUGAGGUGUUUGUUUAAAAUAUUUGUAUAGUGUCCUCUAAAGACACGUUUUUUUAUUAAAUGUACUCUAAUGGGUUGAAUGUUCUGUUUUCUACAAUAUGUUGUAGAUCAUUUCCCACUAUGAGGGAUCCUCUUUUCAUUCCCGACGUCUGUAAUGAACAGUUCAGGACUUUUACCGCAUAAAAGGAAGUUUUAAAAUGAUAUGAUUUCACUAAACAAACUACAUUAAUACUCAAGUGUAUUAUGCAUUUGUUUGGUCAGAAGUAACAGAAGGAUGCACAGGUUUCUGUCAGAUAAGGUCACAUUACCUUUACUGCUGUCAUGAAAAAAGGAGUUUAGUCUUUAGUCAUUUGCUUAUUUUAAUUUAUAGGAGACAGGUGGGAUUAUAUUUGUAUUUAUUAGUUUAAAGAAUUAAAAUUUUCACAUCGUGGGCCAAAAUGUGAUUUGCAAAAGGGACGCCUGAAAGUCUCUCGUCUUCCUGAAUAUCAUCUCAGGUUGUUUUGGUCCAAGAGUGCUUUCCAAAACGUCAUCACACAUAUCAGCCACGAUGUCCGUUCUUCCCAGGAUUUUAAAAAUGAAAUACGGCUGGUUGGUACUACAAACGGUCUGAAUCCUGUAAGUGGUUUGCACGACAGAUGUUACCAUAAUUCUGCUCCUCUUCUGUUCUUCUGCCUCUUCUGGGACUGCCAGGCCUCUAAAACAUUCAUUCUGUACAACGUUACGGUCGUAAACGUCACAUCUCUCUGAAUUUCUGUGAAGUUUCUCAUAAAUAUAAUAAAAAUGGAGCAAUAUUUGGUUGGUUUUUAUCCACAA